AUCAUUUUGGUGGCCAUGAACCCUUACAAGCAGUUGCCAAUAUACGGAGAUGCCAUCAUCCACGCCUACAGCGGGCAGAACAUGGGCGAUAUGGACCCACACAUAUUUGCCGUGGCAGAAGAGGCAUACAAGCAGAUGGCCAGAAGCAACAGAAACCAGUCCAUAAUUGUAAGUGGAGAGUCGGGCGCUGGAAAGACAGUGUCGGCUCGCUAUGCCAUGAGGUACUUCGCCACUGUCAGCAAAUCGAGCAGCAACGCUCACGUGGAGGACAAGGUCCUGGCAUCCAACCCCAUCACCGAGGCCGUCGGAAAUGCCAAGACCACCCGCAAUGACAAUAGUAGUCGGUUUGGGAAAUACACAGAAAUCAGUUUUGAUGAACAAAAUCAAAUUAUAGGAGCCAACAUGAGAACUUACCUCCUGGAGAAAUCCAGAGUUGUCUUUCAAUCGGAAAAUGAACGAAAUUACCACAUUUUCUAUCAGCUUUGUGCAUCUGCACAGCAGUCGGAAUUUAAACAUCUUAAAUUGGGGAGUGCCGAAGAAUUUAAUUAUACAAGAAUGGGAGGCAAUACUGUCAUUGAGGGUGUGAAUGAUCGAGCUGAAAUGGUACAGACUCAAAAAACCUUCACGCUACUGGGUUUCAAGGAGGAUUUUCAGAUGGAUGUUUUUAAAAUCCUGGCAGCCAUCCUACAUCUGGGCAACGUGCAGAUCACCGCGGUGGGCAACGAGAGGUCCUCAGUUAGUGAGGAUGACAGUCACCUGAAGGUGUUCUGUGAGCUCCUGGGCCUGGAGAGUGGCAGAGUUGCUCAGUGGCUGUGCAAUCGCAAAAUCAUCACAAGCUCUGAGACGGUGGUAAAACCUAUGACCAGGCCUCAGGCUGUCAACGCCAGGGAUGCACUGGCCAAAAAGAUCUAUGCUCACCUGUUCGACUUCAUUGUGGAGAGAAUUAACGAAGCGUUGCAGUUUUCAGGCAAGCAGCACACUUUUAUUGGUGUUUUGGACAUUUAUGGUUUUGAAACCUUUGAUGUGAACAGCUUUGAACAAUUUUGCAUCAAUUACGCUAAUGAAAAACUGCAACAACAGUUUAACAUGCAUGUCUUCAAACUAGAACAAGAAGAAUACAUGAAGGAAGAUAUCCCUUGGACGCUGAUAGAUUUCUAUGACAAUCAACCGGUUAUUGACCUGAUUGAAGCAAAAAUGGGAAUUCUGGAGUUACUGGAUGAAGAAUGUUUGUUACCACAUGGAACUGAUGAAAACUGGCUUCAAAAGCUGUAUAAUAAUUUUGUCAACAAGAACCAUUUGUUUGAAAAGCCUAGAAUGUCGAACACAUCCUUUGUCAUCCAGCACUUUGCUGAUAAGGUAGAGUAUAAAUGUGAAGGUUUCCUGGAGAAAAACAGAGACACCGUCUAUGACAUGCUGGUUGAAAUCCUGAGAGCAAGCAAGUUUCAUCUCUGUGCCAACUUUUUUCAAGAAAAUCCAGCUUCUCCUUCUCCUUUUGGUUCAAUGAUUACAGUUAAAUCUGCAAAGCAAGUCAUCAAGCCAAACAGCAAGCAUUUCCGGACCACGGUUGGGAGCAAGUUCCGCAGCUCUCUGUACUUGCUCAUGGAGACCCUCAAUGCUACAACGCCCCACUAUGUUCGAUGCAUCAAGCCAAAUGAUGAGAAGUUACCCUUCGAAUUUGACUCCAAAAGAAUUGUUCAGCAGCUGCGAGCCUGCGGUGUUUUAGAAACGAUUCGCAUUAGUGCACAGAGCUACCCUUCCAGGUGGACAUACAUCGAGUUCUACAGUCGCUACGGCAUUCUUAUGACCAAGCAAGAGCUUUCGUUCAGCGAUAAAAAGGAGGUGUGCAAGGCGGUUUUACACAGACUCAUUCAGGAUUCUAAUCAGUACCAGUUUGGUAAAACCAAAAUUUUCUUCAGAGCGGGACAAGUGGCUUAUUUAGAGAAACUUCGAUUGGAUAAACUGAGGCAGAGUUGUGUUGUGAUACAAAAGCACAUCCGUGGCUGGCUCCAGAGGAAAAAAUUCCUCCGGGAGAGACGAGCCGCCCUGAUAAUCCAGCAGUACUUCCGGGGUCAGCAAACCGUGAGGAAAGCUAUUACUGCAGUGGCCUUAAAAGAAGCCUGGGCAGCCAUAAUCAUUCAGAAGCACUGCCGCGGGUAUCUUGUUCGCAACCUGUAUCAGCUGAUUCGCGUGGCCACCAUCACCAUCCAGGCCUACACCCGAGGAUUCCUGGCAAGGAGGAGGUAUCGAAAGAUGCUGGAGGAACACAAGGCUGUGAUCCUGCAGAAAUACGCACGGGCAUGGCUGGCCAGACGCAGAUUCCAGAGUAUCCGACGAUUCGUGCUCAAUAUUCAGCUUACUUACAGGGUCCAGCGUUUGCAGAAAAAACUGGAAGAUCAGAACAAAGAAAACCAUGGGCUGGUGGAGAAGCUGACCAGCCUGGCUGCUCUUCGAGCUGGGGAUGUGGAAAAGAUUCAGAAGCUGGAAGCAGAACUAGAAAGAGCAGCCGCCCACAGGCGAAAUUAUGAGGAGAAGGGGAAGAGAUACAGGGAUGCUGUGGAAGAGAAGUUGGCAAAGCUUCAGAAGCAUAAUUCAGAACUGGAAACACAGAAAGACCAAAUACAGCUGACGCUUCAAGAGAAGACUGAAGAGUUGAAAGAAAAAAUGGACAACCUCACCAAGCAGCUCUUUGAUGAUGUACAAAAGGAAGAACGGCAAAGAAUGCUUCUUGAAAAAAGUUUUGAACUGAAAACACAAGACUAUGAGAAGCAGAUUCAGUCUUUGAAAGAAGAAAUUAAAGCUCUCAAGGAUGAGAAGACGCAACUCCAACAGCUGGUAGAGGAGGAGCACGUCACUUCUGAUGGCUUGAAGGCAGAAGUGGCCCGCCUAAGCAAGCAGGCCAAGACAAUCUCUGAGUUCGAAAAAGAGAUACAGCUACUUCAGGCACAGAAGAUAGAUGUGGAGAAACAUGUGCAGUCACAAAAACGGGAAAUGAGAGAAAAGAUGUCAGAGAUCACCAAACAACUUCUCGAAAGCUAUGACAUUGAAGAUGUAAGAAGCAGGCUCUCUGUGGAAGAUUUGGAACAUUUAAAUGAGGAUGGAGAACUUUGGUUUGCUUAUGAAGGACUGAAGAAAGCAACACGUGUUUUGGAGAGCCAUUUCCAGUCUCAGAAGGAGUGCUACGAAAAGGAGAUUGAAGCUUUGAAUUUCAAAGUGGUGCAUCUAAGUCAGGAAAUCAACCACCUGCAGAAGUUAUUCAGAGAAGAAAAUGACAUCAAUGAAAGCAUCCGUCUUGAAGUGACCAGGCUAACAUCAGAGAAUAUGAUGAUCCCAGACUUUAAACAGCAAAUUUCAGAAUUGGAGAAGCAGAAGCAAGAUCUUGAAAUCCGCCUGAAUGAACAAACUGAGAAAAUGAAAGGAAAACUAGAAGAAUUGUCUAAUCAGUUAAAUCGCAGUCAAGAGGAGGAAGGAACACAAAGAAAGGCCAUGGAAGCCCAGAAUGAAAUACAUACCAAAGAGAAGGAGAAGCUGAUUGAUAAGAUUCAAGAAAUGCAGGAGGCCAGUGACCACUUGAAGAAACAAUUUGAAACUGAAAGUGAAGUCAAGAGUAACUUCUGGCAGGAAGCAUCUCGGCUCACUUUGGAAAACAGGGAUCUUGAAGAAGAAUUAGACAUGAAGGACAGAGUGAUUAAAAAGCUACAAGAUCAAGUCAAGACACUAAGCAGGACAGUUGGAAAAGCCAAUGAUGUGCACUCGUCCUCAGGACCUAAGGAGUACCUUGGAAUGCUGCAAUACAAGAGAGAAGACGAGGCCAAGCUCAUUCAGAACCUCAUUCUUGACUUGAAGCCCCGUGGCGUGGUGGUGAACAUGAUCCCCGGGCUGCCGGCUCAUAUCCUGUUCAUGUGUGUACGCUACGCAGACUCUCUGAAUGAUGCCAACAUGCUGAAGUCCCUCAUGAACAGCACCAUUAAUGGCAUCAAGCAGGUGGUUAAGGAACAUUUAGAAGACUUUGAAAUGCUGUCCUUUUGGCUUUCCAACACUUGCCAUUUUCUCAAUUGCCUGAAGCAGUACAGCGGAGAAGAGGAAUUCAUGAAGCAUAAUAGUCCACAUCAGAAUAAGAAUUGCUUGAACAAUUUUGACCUUUCAGAAUACAGACAGAUUCUCAGUGAUGUGGCUAUACGAAUAUAUCAUCAAUUUAUUAUCAUAAUGGAAAAGAAUAUCCAACCAAUAAUAGUGCCAGGCAUGCUGGAGUACGAGAGCCUGCAGGGCAUUUCCGGCCUGAAGCCCACAGGCUUCCGGAAGCGCUCCUCCAGCGUAGACCACACUGACGCCUACACCAUGACCUCUGUCCUGCAACAGCUGAGCUACUUCUACACCACCAUGUGCCAGAACGGCCUGGACCCCGAGCUCGUGAGGCAGGCGGUGAAGCAGCUCUUCUUCUUGAUCGGGGCGGUCACGCUGAACAGCCUCUUCCUGCGCAAGGACAUGUGCUCCUGCAGAAAAGGGAUGCAGAUCAGGUGCAAUAUCAGCUACUUAGAAGAAUGGCUUAAAGAUAAGAAUUUGCAGAACAGCUUAGCAAAGGAAACUUUGGAGCCCCUCUCUCAGGCAGCCUGGUUGCUUCAGGUCAAGAAGACCACAGACAGUGAUGCUAAGGAGAUCUACGAACGCUGCACCUCACUGUCUGCUGUACAGAUCAUAAAGAUCCUUAAUUCAUACACGCCUAUAGAUGACUUUGAGAAGAGAGUGACUCCAUCCUUUGUUCGCAAAGUACAGGCUCUCCUAAAUAGCCGCGAGGAUUCAUCACAGCUGAUGUUGGAUACCAAAUAUCUCUUUCAAGUCACAUUUCCUUUUACCCCCUCUCCACAUGCUCUGGAAAUGAUUCAGAUCCCCAGCAGUUUCAAGCUAGGCUUUCUGAAUAGGUUAUAGCAGGAGAAAAAGUCAAUGCACUUUUUCCUCAAAAGCUAAGUGAAGAUUCAAUAUGAGGGAUGUGAUUUAUUAAUUGGCAAUGGAAAUUGGAAUGUGAUUUAAGGAAGAAAAUAGACUUUUCUCAAAUGGACCACAUCAUCUCUUACGCACAGUGACAGUGCUGCUGCUGCAAUUUUGUAAGAAGUCACACACACCAGCUGUCGUUGGAAAAGCCAUGUCUCGCUCUCAAAUCUCAACUGGUUUUGACUGAAAUUCCUGGAGGGCUCAUAUUUUCUUCCACGUGCCUCUUGAUCUGUUCUGUCUGUGGCAGGGCUCUACCAGGAGGGAGUGAGAUCUGGGGACACAGUGGCUUCCAAGUUUUCUAAGGUUCAUGUGAAGCCUGAGUACAUUUACAAAGCUGCAAGUGGAUUCCAGGGCUCAGUCUUCCAGGAAAUAAUCCCAUUUGGCCACCAUGGCCUGCCAAGAGCUCUCUUGACCCAUGCCUGCUGGGGACGGAAGGUUUUCAUGAACUCGUUUUACUGAA